CUCAUUUUUUAUGCUGAUGUCUUCAGAUCUGCUGUAAAUUGACACUUAAAGCUCAUUUCAUUGUUGUCAACAGACAGAGUAUUUGUUGACUACAUAUAUGUACAAUUAUUUUUGUCUUUAUGUGUAGAACUGUUUUCCUUACCAUUAUCCAUAUUUGGAAUAAUUUAGUUACAUUAUAUUGUUAUCAUUUAUAUAUCAAAAACAAACCCUGUAACUGAUAUAUUUUUUAUUUUGGUCAGAUCGGCUCCUCCCACACUGGGAUUCAUCAUCAGUGAAGCUCCUCCCACAGUAGUCACACAAUCAGUGAAGCUCCUCCCACUGGAAUGCAUCAAUAAAUGCUGGGAUAUUCCCAUUAAAGGAGCAUCAGGAAGAGCUGAAAUCUGCAAAGGCUGAGUUUAUUAAAGAGGACAGAGAGAACAUGAGUGAUCCAGAACCCUGCAGAAUGAAACACACUGAAGAUACUGAAGAACAAAGAGAACUGAGUGAAGUGGAGGAGGAACAUCAUGACAAACCUGGAGAAAAACCUUUGAGUCGCUCAAAGACUAAAAAGACUUUUCUAAAGAAAAGAGCCAAGAAAUCUUUCACCUGCACUCAGUGUGGAAAGAGUUUCUCAAACAAACAACAUCUUAAGGUUCACAUGAGAAUUCAUACAGGAGAGAAGCCGUUCACAUGUGAUCAAUGUGGGAAUAGCUUCACACAAAGAGGACAUCUUAUAGAACACAUGAAAGUUCAUACAGGAGAGAAGCCAUUCACAUGUGAUAAAUGUGGGAAGAGUUUCAUGCGAUCAUCAAGCCUUAAAGAACACAUGAGGAUCCAUACUGGAGAGAGACUGUUCACUUGUGAUCAGUGUGGAAAGAGUUUCACAAGGGCAUCAAACCUGAAGAAACAUCUGACAGUUCAUACAAAGGAGAAGCCACAUUCAUGUUCUGUGUGUGGAAAGAGUUUUUCACUGCUAUCAUAUUUACAUGAACAUGAGAAAAUACACACUGGUGUGAGAGAGUACAUGUGCUUUGAGUGUGAGAAGACUUUUACUACAGCAACCCAUUUAAAACUACACCAGAGAAUUCACACUGGAGAAAAACCUUACAAGUGUUCAUACUGCGACAAGAGAUUCAGUCAGUCAUCAUAUCUGAAAACACAUGAGAGGAUCCACACUGGAGAAAAACCUUACAAGUGUUCACACUGUGACAAGAGAUUCAGUGAUUCAUCAUCACUGAAAACACAUGAGAGGAUCCACACUGGAGAAAAACCUUACAAGUGUUCACACUGUGACAAGAGAUUCAAUAAGUCAUCAUCUCUGAAAACACAUGAGAGGAUCCACAGCAGAGAGAAGCCGCACACAUGUGAUCAGUGUGGAAAGAGUUUCACUAUUAAAAAUCACCUGAAGAUACACAUGAAGAUCCAUGCAGUGGAGAAACCACAUCACCACAGUCUGAAAUCAUGAUAAGUAGUUCAUCUUUAUGUGCUGAACAACAAAGUAGUUUCCUGCUUGGAAAAUCUAAAACUUCUCCUGAAACUACAACAGAACGAUCAAAUCACUGUUAAAACAGACUGUAUGGAUUUUUCCCUCAAGGUCAGUGUGACAAACUAGUGACUUACACUUAGUGAACAAACUGCCAUGUUUCUAUUAUUGUCAUUUACAACAUAAUAAAAUGAAUGAAUGAAUAAAUGAAUGAAUGGAGGCAUUUAUAAAAAUAACCUAAAUAUCCUAAAAACUGAUUAUUAACUUGUUGUUGCUCAUCUUCAUUUAAUCCAUGAUAAAUCUCCCACCAUCAUUCCUUCGAUCUUCUGCAGUAGUUCUUGCACCUGAAUGUCUGAUUUACUCUUGAUAUUGCAACAGUAAAAUCAUCCUCCACAUUCAGUCAACAGCACAGUCUUUCAGUUUAAGAUGUUCAUCAAUGCCUGUUCCAGAUCCUCCAGUUCAUCUCCAUGUGUGAACAGAAUCAUGAUGCACUUCUGAAUUCCAGUCCUCGGGACCCCUUGCUC